AGCCAUUCUGGCUCUCUGCGAUUCUGGCCGAGGCCGCUCCCGGGCACUGCCUUCUCUUUCCUCGGGGAGGCAGUGGAUGGGGAUGCCGGGCCCGGCCGACGAGGUGACGGAGCUGCUUCAGCGGGCGAUGGAGGCCCAGGGUGUCCGCGGUUCGGCGGGGUCGCGGCCGCGCCGCACUCGGCCGCAUUCGGUCGCGACCGACUUGCGGCGCAGCCGAAGUCGUCGAGCGGCGGACGCCCAGGGUGAGGCGCACAUGGUGGUCCAGCGCGCGCACGAGCAGGUGCGGGCGCACGGGGCCGAGCUCCAGCGCGCCCACGAGCAGCUCGCCCGCGCGCUGGUGAGCAGCUCUGGGCGGCCAAGCGCCAGCAGCGCCCCCGCCGCCGCGCGUGGCGUGCCGGAGCUCGCUGAGGUGGAGCCGCAGAGCGGGCAGCAAGUCGUCGCAGACCACCCUCGCCGAGAGCACACACUGCACCUUCCCAAGGACGAGCCUCCAGAGUCGGCCAGCCCAGACAUGGAGGAGCUGCCGGAGUGCUACGCGAUCCCGAGCGAGAGCUCCGGGGAGACCCGCGACGACGCGGUGCGCCAUGUGGUCGGGAUCCCGGGCGCCGGCGACGAGUCGGAUGCCCUCGCGCCGUUCGGGUUCAGGGACCAGUGGAACAAGCGGGCCCCGUUGAUGUCGGCGAACACGGGGCCGUUUGCCAUGCAGGGCUGGAGGAGCUCGCUGAGGUGGACCCGCAGAGCGUGCAGCUUGUCGUCGCAAAGCAUCCUCGAUGAGAGCACAGACUGCACCAUCCGCCCGGACAGCACCAAGCGCCUGUGCUGGGACAUCGUUGGCCUGUGCCUCAUCUUCUACGACUUCGUCACGAUCCCCUUCGUCAUCAGCUUUCACAUCAGCGAUGACAAUUUGAUUGACACCAUGGACUGGGUGACAUUGCUCUUUUGGACGGCAGACAUGGUCCAGGGCUUCUUCCUCGCAUACUUCGACAAGGGUGUACUCGUGACCUCUCAUGCUAAGGUUCUGAGGAACUACAUGAGGGGGUGGUGCCUGAUCGACAUCCUCGUUGUGCUCCCAGGGUGGAUCGUGAAGUUCAGCGACGCGUGGUCCAGUGGACAGCCGGUCGGCUUGUUUGGCAAGGUAUUGAAGGCGUUGCGCGCCAUCAGGAUCAUGCGACUGGCGCGGCUGGCCAAACUGCAGAGGAUCUUGCACAGCUUUUACGACCACAUCGAGGACGAGCGGAAGUUCAUCCUGAUACACCUGGUCAAGUUGUUGCUCCUUGUUUCCGUGAUGAACCACGUGAUAGCGUGCGCCUGGUUUUUCAUCGGUUCGGAGACGGAGCAGUUCGGGACGAGUUGGACACGAGAACAUCUGAGCAUCGAUCGUCACACCAUGCUGGACAAGUAUCUCAUUUCGCUAUUUGAGAGCCUCACUCAGUUCACGCCCGCAAGCAUGAGUGUCAGCGCGACCAACGAGGUCGAACGUGCCUUCUCCAUUGUCGUACUGUUUGUCGCGAUGGUGUGCUUCUCCUCCAUAGUAGGAAGCAUCAGUGGCUCCAUGACGACGCUGCGGAGCAUGAGCAACGAGGUCACUCGGGAUUUCUGGCUCUUGCGGAAGUAUCUGAAGCAGCGUAACAUCAAUCAGGAUCUGAGGCGCCGCGUCUGCAAGUUCUUGGAGUUUCAGGUCAUGGGCAAGCCCAGGCGGGUAGACAGAGGCCAGCUGACGCUUCUGGACAAGCUUUCGGCUGACUUGUCGGACGAGCUCCGGCAUGCCGACCAUUGGCCCGUGGUGGACCGACUUCCUUGCUUCCAGCUUCUGCAAGGAGAAGAAAAUGCCAGGUGCCACCAGCUUUGCGGCCUCUGUUUUAGCGAGAUCAUCUUUGCCGAGUCGGAGGUGGUCUUCAGGUUCGGCGACGAGGGCAGGUUCAUGUAUUUUCUCAAGCAAGACGAGACAUUUGGAUUGAAGGGCUCGUGCAUGGACUUCAGGCAUGGGCUGGACGGAGAGAAGGAGCCGAUAAUUGAAGGCGCGUGGAUCAGCGAGGCCGUUCUCUGGACGGACUGGAGGCACUUGGGGGAGCUGAAGUGCAACCACACUUGCGAUCUGAUGACAGUGGACCCGAACCAGUUCGCGGCAGCCGUGCGGCAUCACCCGAGGCCCUGGUUUCUGGCCAGAGAGUAUGGCUACUUGUUCCUCCAUUGGUUGAACUCGUUGGAGGGAGACGACGUGAGCGACCUCUUGUGCGACGAUUUGUUCCGCAGCCACUUCAAGGGUGCCAUCGAGACUGGCAAUGUUUUCAGUGACAACUGUGGCUCUGUCAGCGAGUUUACCACGGCUCUCAAGGCUACUUCUUGGCACCGGGCGCAGCGUGAUCACGGCGAGGCAAUGCGAUCUUUCUCACCCAAGCUUUGGUCGAUGUAACGGCCCCUGGGACCGAUUCGGGAUCUAGCUCCAGCUGUAUAGAGCAAACGUCAGAGUUGGCUUGGGAACUCGAGCCUCCGACGGCGCGCAGUCUUACAACAGCUUUAGCUUCUAGGGCGCAGUCUGGUCAGCCUCCUCCCUAAUUAAGAGGCGUGCGGCGGGUUCCCUACAUAAGGGUUAAGUGUUGUCAAGCAGAGCCCCUGCAGAGGCCAUGGUAUGGUUCGACUCACGGUCUGUCGGGCGGCGCCAUGUGUGCCCGCACUCUUGCCAGGCUUGCCCGACGGCAGGCAGGAAGGGGGAGUGGGCAAGAGAGGUCCGGAGAGGCAUGGCAAACGCAGCCGCUCUGGCCCCCCUGGCAGUGUAGAGUACCUUUUGUGGCUCUGACAGAGCGUGCUCUGCCAGAGGCUCGCUGGAGAGGCGUGGCUACAGCAGCCUCUCCCGCUUUUGCUGUGCGCGACCUCAGGGUGCAGUGGCUGCGCCGAACCUCCCAUUGUCGCGCACUUUUUAAAAGUAGCGAGGAGGAGGAGGAGGAG